UUAGAGGGUUCCUCUGGACUGUCCGUAAUUUUAAAGGGUGCCUCGGGACUGUCCGUAAUUUUAAAGGGUGCCUCGGGACUGUUCGUAAUUUUAAAGGGUGCCUCGGGACUGUCCGUAAUUUUAAAGGGUGCCUCGGGACUGUUCGUAAUUUUAAAGGGUGCCUCGGGACUGUCCGUAAUUUUAACGGGUGCCUCGGGACUGUCUGUAAUUUUAAAGGGUGCCUCGGGACUGUCCGUAAUUUUAAAGGGUGCCUCGGGACUGUCCGUAAUUUUAAAGGGUGCCUCGGGACUGUCCGUAAUUUUAAAGGGUGCCUCGGGACUGUCCGUAAUUUUAAAGGGUGCCUCGGGACUGUCCAUAAUUGUAAAGGGUGCCUCGGGACUGUCCAUAAUUGUAAAGGGUGCCUUGAAUGAAAAAAAGGUUGAUAAACACUGCUAUAGAACCGGCCAAGAUUCAAACCAUGUAUGGGCAGAC